CAUUCAUUUAUAGUUGUGUGAUUGUUUUGUUUGCCUUGUUACCGGCGUCCGGCCGGCCAGUCGUCGCUUCGCUGCCGCAAGAUGCCAUUGGAAGUGAAACAAAUCACAGGCCCCCUGGUCCUCGGCGAGGGUCCUCACUGGGACGACCGGGUCCAGGCCCUCUACUUUGUGAGCAUUCACGAGAAAACCAUCCACAAGUAUAAUCCGGCGAGCGGCGAACACACGAAAACUACCCUCGAUGGCCGUCCCGGCUUCAUAGUACCCGUGGAAAGCGCGCUAGACCAGUUCGUAGUGGGAUUGGAGCGAGAAUUCGUGGUCCUCCAGUGGGACGGCGCUGAAGGCAGUGGAGCGAAGGUUGUGCGGAAGAUUGGUGAGGUGGACCAGGGAGCUACGGGGAACAGGAUUAAUGAUGGGAAGGCGGAUCCUAGGGGCAGGAUCUUUGGAGGGACAAUGGGCUACGAGAAGUCCCCCGGCGACUUUGUCCAAGAGCAGGGCUCCCUCUACCGUGUCGAUGGCAACAUUACUCGCGUGGCCGACAAGAUAGGCAUCUCCAACGGUCUGGCUUGGGACUUGAGUGCUAAAGCCAUGUACUACAUCGACUCGCUAGAGCAGAACGUCCGGAGAUACGACUACGAUGUGGACACUGGGAAUAUAUCAAACAUGCGGCACAUCUUCGACCUGCCGAAAAACGGUCUCGACGGUUUUCCGGAUGGUGGGACAAUCGAUACCGACGGCAAUCUGUGGAUCGCUGUGUUCAACAACGGCGUUGUUAUCCAGGUGUCUCCGGAGGGCAAGCUGCUGCGACAAGUCCCGAUACCGGCUAAACAGGUUACAUCGUGCACUUUCGGCGGCCCUGACUUGGACAUCCUCUUCGUAACCACAUCUCGCUACAUGAACAAACCGGGCGAGGGGGAUCCUCAAGACGGAUGCACCUUCAUGGUGACAGGCUUGGGUGUUAAGGGACACCCUAAUGUCAAUUAUAAGUUUUAAGAUAAUUGUGUGUGAUUGAGUUAUGUGAUUAUGUUUU